AUGGUGAGAAAUGGUAGAGGUCGUCAAAAAAUUGAGAUGAUAAAAAUGAAAAAGAAGAGCAACCUUCAAGUCACUUUCUCAAAGAGAAGAUUUGGUCUUUUCAAAAAAGCUAGCGAACUUUGUACUUUAUGUGGUGCAAAAGUUUUGAUGAUUGUGUUUUCUCCAGGUGGGAAAGUCUUUUCAUUUGGCCAUCCAAAUGUUAAAGAUUUAGUUAACCGUUUCUUAAAUCGUUACCAAAAUUCUCUGUUUCUCCACCAAUACAACAACAACAAUCUACAACUCGUUGAAAGCCGUCCUGAUGAAAGUAUUCAACGUCUCAACGAGAAACUUACUGAGGUGCUGGCAAUACAGGAAAGUGAGAAAAGUAAGAGAAAGUUUUUGGAUGCUAUAAAAGAAACCAGAGAGCAAAAAGGGAACUGGUAUGAAAAUGACGUGAAGAAACUCGACAUGAACCAAACCAACCAUCUAAUACAUGCUCUUCUUGAUGUGAAAAAGAAGUUGAUAAGCGACAUAUCCCAAUAUUCUCAAACGAAUGUUCCUCAGAACUACUUAGGAGAAAGUUCUGGCAAUAUCACUCCAGGUAUUAUUGGUGGUCGCGGUAAUGAUGGUGGCCUUGGUCAUUUUGAUCAAAGAACAAUGUUGGAUUUGAAUGCAUUCAACUAUAAUCCAAACAUGAUUUCUCCUAACUAUGGACCAUCUUUUGGUUACUAUAAUAAUGGAGUUAUCAUUCCGGGAUGCAACAUGAACUACAUGUGA